AGAUUUUCAUACCCCGCUCGUAGUCCUAUUCGAUCUUAUAACGACACUGAGUCCAGACGUAGCUACUCGUUUAGAAAGAUAUCGCUUGAUGAAGAUACCAUGAUGCAAUUUUUUAUAGUGCAAGUUCUCCAGCCUGCUCUGCAUAACGAUGUUGAAUUAAGGGUACCACCUGUCGUUCACGAAUACGACCCGUUUUAUGCUUCUCUCAUUUAUAAGAAAGGUGAGAACGUGUUAACGUCACAAUAUAGUCAUAAGUAUGCUUGUUGAUCAAACGUAAGAUGAGGAAAAAGUCACACCGAUUAAAUAUAAUUGGGAGCAAUCGUUCGCAAAUUGCCGAAUGCAAACAACACAAAAUAGAAUAUAUUUUAUUAGUUGGUCAAUUUGACUUUGCAAUUAAUUAUUUUCUUUGACACACGAAUUAAUAGAAUUUAAUUACAUUAGCUCAAUAGAAAGAAUACACACACACACGCGCGCGCGCGCGCGCGUACAUAAUGGGUGUAACAUAGAUGUAGUGUUUUUUUUACAUUAGUUUUUAAAAAAAUAUUCAAUGUAAAAAUAUAUAAUUCAUUUUUGACGCGUGCUAUAAGGAAUGAAAUAUCUUCAUAACCAUAGAUUUCAAGUUAAGAUCGGCUCAGUUGUAGCUUUGAUGUAGUUAAGUGAAUUUUUAACUCAUUUUUCUCUGAAGUUAGAAUAUA